GCAUCAGCAUUGACAACAUGUUUCUCUGCUGAAGAGAAAAAAAAGGAUACAGAAAGUACUAUUAGACACAUUUAUUUGAGAGAGAUUGCAUUAAUUUUAUUGAUUCAACGGCACAGUUCAACGGAACGUAACCCAUCGAAUAUAAUAGGAAGGUCGUUUUUAAUUAACAGAAGAUACAUACUACUGAUCUAAAGAUGAAACGUGGAGCACUAAUAGUUAUUGAGGGGGUGGAUAGGACAGGAAAGUCGACUCAAGCCAGAACGCUUGUUGAGAAUUUGAAAAACAAGAACAUCCAUGCUGAGUACACAAAUUUCCCGGCCAGAAACACAGAUGUUGGGAAAAUUAUAAACAAUUACUUGCAAAUGAAGAAUGAUUUAUCAGAUGAAGUAAUCCAUUUGUUGUUCUCAGCAAAUAGAUGGGAAAGAGCUAAGAAUAUAAUUAAGAAAUUAGAAGCCGGCACCACAGUCAUUGUAGAUAGAUAUUGUUACUCUGGGGUUGCAUUCUCGGCUGCUAAAGGUUUAGAUUUCAAUUGGUGCAAGUCUCCUGACGUAGGUCUCCCGAAACCGGAUAAAGUAUUCUUCCUUACAAUGCCUGUUGACUCCAUCAAAGAAAGAAAUGGCUUUGGAAAUGAAAGGUAUGAGGUACUGAACUUCCAAAAGAAAGUAUCUGAAACCUAUCAGAAGUUAAAAGAAGACAAUUGGGAAGUUUUAGAUGCUAACAGGUCUAUUGAGUCCAUCCAAGAAGAUUUGUUGCAGCAAUCACUGAACAUUAUCAAUGAUGUGCCAGAGAAGCCUAUAGGCAAGCUUUGGAAAAAGGAAUGACAUCCAAAGUACUUACUUAAUAACAAAUGUACAAAGUAAGGCCGUAUACAGAAAGAUAGCUGGAAGAAGCUGGCGCUUGACAGCGCUGGUAACCCGCGCCGAUAAGCGCUUAUAAGUUUCCAGCUUUUGUCGGCGCCGGUCAGCGCUUAUCGGCGCGUGUUCAUAUAUUUUCCUGCGCGGGUAACCAGCGCUGUCAAGCGCCGAUAAGCGCUUAUAAGUUUCAGUCUCAUCCAGCUUUCUUUCUGUAUGCAGCCUAAAUAAUUGUAGAAGUUCCUUCAAAAUUGGGUUAGAAAAUAAUGUUUAAAAAUAAGUUGUGACUUUUAGGCUUAAUUAGGGAAAUUAACGUAGGUACAAAUUUGUGCUGCUAAGCAGCUGUACUAAGCCUCUGUUGUAUGUUUCUUCUAGCUGUAAAAUAAUUAUGUAAAAAUAUUUUUUGAAAAGUUUGUAGUGUCUUAGAUGAUGUUGAAAGUCAAUUAUUUUUAUAAGUCUUAUUAAUAUGUGGAGCUCAUGCCUCCAUUAUAAUUCGAAUGGCUUAAGAUAUUAAUAUGGGUACUACUAUUGUGGAACUCAUAUCUCGAUUAUAAUUCGAAUAGUUUAAGUCUUCACUUAUAACUCUGGUAGUGAGCUUCUACUUAAGAAUUAUCUUUAAAAAUAUUUUGUGUUAUUUUAAUGCAUUUUUUAAAAUUAGAGUUUAGCUACUGGUAUUCAGAAUAUCUUAGUCGUAGUUGAGAUCUGAAAUAGCCCUAACAUUAUAUAAAUAGACUGGAAUACAACCUACAAUAUUGCAGUUUAUCAUAACUAGUUGUAGUAGAAACACUCGAAGUUACAAUAAAAUAAAAGCAUUUAAGUCUUGCCUCACAUUAAACUAAAUAAAAAAUAAUGAUUUAUUAGCGAAUUGUUAUUUAUAAGUGAGCACAAUUAAGUAUUUUUGGCCUGUGCAUAAUAGCUAUUAAUUUCAAUAAAGAAUUUAGAAUUUUACAA